UCUACGCCGUAGCACGUUCGUAGCACAUCGCUGCAAUUGCUACGAGAACUUGUUUCACAAAUACCAUUUACGGCUGCAUACCAAUUAUACUAUCAUUAACACCUUUAGUUUAUUCUAAUAAGAGUAAGCCCAUAUUUACCAAUACUUCAACUGCCAAUUGGGCAUUCAAGGACUACCUGUUAAAAUUUAAACCAACACAUGUCUGGAGUCAGAUAUCAAUGAAUAACAAAACCAGAAGACACAUUUACCAUGACGAAUUUGAUAGAAUGUUCAAUGGUAUCGACGGGACAGAUGAGCUGUUAUCUUUAAAAGUUACUAAUGGAGAACCAAAGGUGGUGUUGAGGAAAGAUGGACGCCGAUGGGAACCUCCCGGAGGCUUAACAGACAACAAAAAUGAUAGAUUUAGUCUGAAACGAAGGUUUCUUGAACUCAUGAAGCAGGCUAUUUAUCAAGCGCGAAACAGAAUGAUUAUCAUGCAGACGUAUAGGGUGACAUACAGACAAAGUUCCGUUUAUAAAAUGGGCUUCUUGAUGAGUAAAACUGACCAAGCUGUUAAAACAUUCGCUCGAUACACUUUUAAGGCUUUUAUGGGAUGCUAUUUCGUAAGGUUAAGGUAUGAGAGGUUGUUAGUAAAGGAAUUAUUGGAGGCUUUCGAGAGGGAGUUAGAUUUAUGGUUUGAUAUAGAGCUUUUAAUUGAUUUGGUAAUGUUAAAUGACUCGAAUUGUAAGCGAAUGUUGAACCAAGUGAUGACAAAUCGGAAAGAUGCGUGGAAGUUUGUCGAGUAGAUGUAUUUUUUUUACAAAUAAAAAUAAUUUAA